CAGACUGACACAGCCUUACAGACUACCACAGCCCUACAGACUGACACAGCCCUACAGACUACUACGGCACCAACUACCCAGGCAAACAAACCCAACCAGACAACCUUUAACUCUGUUUCCACUGAAUCAGACACCGGCAAUAACUCUAUCACAACGAGUUUGAUAAUAAUUGGAUCCAUGAUAGCAUUGUUGGUAGCCGUUGCAUUUGGAGUUAUGGUUUAUCGUAAAAUCAGACCACAAGGCCAGGAAGAAAAUAUUGCAAUGUCGAACCCAACUCGGGAGUACGAAGAGAUUCACGAACCGGUAAAUGAGGAAGGUUAUCUCUCACCAAUGCCAAACCCCAACGUAUCAAUUCAAAUACCGAUUGUAGAGGAAGCAUACGCUGAUCCUGAUUAUAUUGUCCCAGAGGAUAUUCAUCCCCCACCUAUACCCGACCCGAUGUACGACAGAGUAGAAUUGCUGCCUCCUGACAACCUGCGUAUAGGCCCUGCUGUCUCCUCAAACCUCGGCAGUUCUCGUCAAAAUCCAAGUGUCGAAGGCGUUUAUAACGAGCCCGAUUAUGCUCCACCAGGAAAUAUUACUGCCCCGCCUAUUCCCAUGCAUGAGGGCAUUGGUGUGCCAACUUCCAGUGCCACACCCAAUUUUCAGUUGACGCCGCUUCCAAAUUCUGAAGUACAGGUUUCACUUAUGAUCCGCCUAAAUCCUGGCAUUUCUUGUCAAGUUAAGAGUUCUGAUGACAGAACAAAUCCAGACACCUCCCCAGAAAAUAUUGCCACCUCCCCAGAAAAUAUUGCUGCACCACCCAUGUAUGAAGGCGAAAGGGUGACACCACCCUGCAACCCACCCCACCCCCAAACGAAUCUGCCUCUUAACCCUACUGUCUCCUCAAACCCUGGCACUCCCUGUGCCAGUGUUGAAGGCGUUCAUGACGGGCCGGAUCAUGCCCCACCGGAAAAUACUACUGUCCCACCCAUAUACGAUGACCCUUUGGCCAUUAACACUCCAGGAAAUAUUACUGUCCCACCCAUAUACGGUGACCCUUUGGCCAUUAACCCCCCAGGAAAUAUUACUGCCCCACCCAUAUACGAUGACAAUUUGGCCAUUAGCCCUUCCGUUUACGAUGAUAUAGCCUAGACCAGUGGUUUCAGACCUUUUUUUGUGUCACGACCCCCCUUGAAUAUUUUCUAACAUACCAUGACCCUUUCCACGAUAUUUGCUCAAGGUAAAAAAAACUGUUGGUCUUACGAAAGAAACAAUAUUAAGAUUAAAUUUGAUUUCUAGGAAUACGAACCUCUUGUGGGUCGUGACCCCCAGGUUGGGAAUCACUGGCAUAGAAUGAGCUCAAACUUAAUGAGGCAGAAAACUUGUCCUGUAGAAUUCAGUAACUUUGAAACCCUGUUUGGAAAAAAAUAUUGAAAAAUAAAUAAAAAAAAAGUGUUGUUCUUAUUUUAUUUCAUGUUAUCACAUUUUAAAUUUUUUUCGACAUUGCUUUAUAUGAGUGAAAUAUUUUUUUCAUUUUAACCUCUGUACUUUACAGAAUAAUUCAACCAAGACCGAACAGUAACUGACCUUGAGCUUUUAGCGGAAUUGCGCUUUUAAUAAUGUUAUCGUUUACGAGUCGCAUUUUCUAUAUUUUCACAAGUUCUAGUAUUAUGAUGCCACAUUAGUGGUGAUUCCAUCGCCUCCUUUCUUGACACAAAAUAAUAAGUGUAUUUAUUUUUCCUUGCAUAAUUACAAUUUUGUUGUCCAGGACAAUGGCGUUUGAACUCAGAGCUAUUCACCCUGUGCCUUGGAUGGCCCAAACAGAAUAGUUUACGAUUUCGAUAAUUUGACAAAUAAAAUUAUUCUCUAUUUCUUCCUAAAAUCAAGUAUUUAAAAUAUCGAGUCCUAGUAAUUUCAAAUUAAUUUGAAUAUUAAAUUCAUUUUGCACCCCCCCCUCUACAUUAUUUGAAAAAAAAAAAUGAGUAAUAAGAUUAGCAGUGACCUUUACCCUAACUAGGAAGUAACAUAUUAUUUAAAAUUGAUUUUUUUUUGCGAGCAUGUGAUCUUACUCUUUGAAUCGGGGUUGUGAACUCAGUGAAAAGUUCAAUUCGAUUCUGAAUAGCUGAAAUAACAUUCUCUCGACCCGGUUGGCUAAAAUUCGGACUCUGAGAAAGCCUUUGCUAAACAAUUUAACUCCGACAAUGCCUCGGCUGAACAAUUUGACACAUACUUGGUUAAAAAUUUCAAUUCUUAACCUUAGACUCUGAAAUUCCCACUCCAGAGAAUUUGAACGCACGGCCGCGUCUCUAAUACCAGUGAAAAACAUCAAACUCUUGACUCCAUAGCUUUGCUUCGAUUCAACUUUUAUUGAGUGCAUCUGUUUUAUUUCACAUAAUCAAAUUUGGAAUUAGGCUUCCCGCUGCUUGUCAGCAGGGAACCUAUUGUAUUCCUGUGUUUUA